AUAAUGAGUAAACACUCAUUAACAGUAAAAACGAUGUUUAUAUAUGUAUUAAAGUUUUAAUUUACCAAUGUAUGUGCAUUUGUUCAUGCUGUGUCAGAUUAAUAAACAUCUUUUGAAAAACAACAACAUGCCCCAGUGCGCACGCCACGGGAUAACGAGGCGGUUUUAUUUAUUUAUUUUUCAUGCAAAAAAACAACAAAAAAACAACAAAAAAAAAAAAAAACCCCACUGUCGCUUUAAGGAAGGAGGAGGGCGGAAACGAUUCCAGGGCCGUGUUCAUUUAAAUGUCUUUUCUGUGGAGCGGUCUGACGCGAGGUUCAGAGAGCUAUCCGGAGCGGCAUGCAAAUGCAUGAGAUCGACUUUCAUCUGGGGAAAACCGUCCAAAACUUCCUGGGGACCGGAACCGUGUUUGUCGUUCGGAAUUUAUUUAUUUAUUUAAAUUUUAUAUAUAUAUAUUUAGAUCGCGCUGAUUUCUGUUGUUGUUUUUAUCACAAUUCAGUAUGGAUUUGCACAUUUUGGACCAUAGACUGAGAGUGACUAGCAUCUGCAAGGAGGGUUUGGUGAAUUUCACGCACUCGCUGAUCAAACUCAUGUUUCUCCGGAACAGAACGAGGUGUAAAUUCUUCAGCCUGACUGAGACCCCUGACAAUUACACAGUGGUAUUGGAUGAGGAAGGAUUUCAAGAGCUGCCCUCGUCGGAACACCUGCAGGUGGAAGGCGCCACCUGGCUGCCACUCAAUGUGGUCUCCAAUGGCAACGCCUCCAGCAGCUCCCAGGCCGUGGGGGUCACCAAGAUAGCCAAGUCCGUCAUCGCUCCGCUGGCAGAGCAGCACGUCUCGGUCUUCAUGCUCUCCACCUACCAGACUGAUUUCAUCCUGGUCCGUGAGAAGGACCUGCCUGUGGUCAUCCACACUCUGGAGGAGGAGUUCAAUAUUUACCGGGAGGAAGGGGGUGAGCCCAUACCGGUGCACAGCAAGGACAUGCAGAACGGCUUCCACAAGAACGGGAAGGAAGUGAAGCUGACUGUGCACCCGGUCCUGAGCCCACAGAACCAGUUCUGUGUGAUGAGUUUGGACCCAGACACCCUGCCUGCAAUAGCCACCACCCUCAUCGACGUGCUGUUCUACUCUAACAGCUCUGUGAAGGACGAGGCCCCUCCCACUCAGGGGCUGGACUGUAUCAAGUUCUUCUCCUUCUCUCUGAUUGAUGGCUACAUCUCCAUCGUCAUGGAUACUGAAACGCAGAGACAGUUUCCCACCAAUCUCUUGUUUACCAGUUCCUCUGGUGAGCUCUGGAGAAUGGUACGCAUUGGAGGACAGCCACUAGACUUCGACGAGUGUGGGAUUGUUGCUCAGAUCUCCCAGCCCCUGGCAGAGGCAGACAUUUCUGCCUAUUACAUCAGCACCUUUAGCUUCGACCACGCCCUGGUUCCUGAGGAGGAUAUCAGCAGUGUGAUCGCCAUGCUACAGCAGCAGAGACUGGAGGUUGUGAGCUGACCAGCUCCCACACUCAGAGACCGAGAGAGCGCCUCCUGGGGGCCUGGGGUUGCACUACAGAGCUAAUAUAAUUAUUUACCAUUUGCCUUCAGCCCUGCCUUGGAGGAGGAGAGAACACUAACAUGGCCAGGCCUUUCCAGGUUGAAAGGUGGUCCCAAGUCUUUUUGCAUUGGGUUACUGGUGUGGUUUUCCUUAAUGAGAUGAAAAUUGGAUCUCGCUGUCCUGGUUUCUUCGUGGUGAUGCACUGGGCACGAUGUUUAAUGGCAGGAUGUAAAUAUAGUUAUGAACCAAAAAAAAAAAAAAAAAAAAAAAAAAAAAGCCUCAGUGCUUUAAUCCAACCCCAGAAGAGGUGCUGUGUAUUUUAUUGGUGUUGAAAUAGGGAGGAGCCCGGAAAUUCCAGCGCAGAUAAGCAGAACCCACUUGGAAACAGGGAGAGGUGUUCCUUUCCGUUCGGACUGUCCCAGAGAAUCUGGAAAAAGAAAUCGAGACCAGAGGAAACCGCGUGAAGUUGACCAACGUUUCUCCGAAAGCUGCCUUACACAGAGUUCUGGUCAGAAUAUAACAAAUCGACGCACUUUAUUUUGACCCAAAGCACUAGCUGGUUUUUGAAUUGCCACUUUGUUUUUCCCCCGCACAGGUAAGGGUGGCAAACCUUGUUUUCCCCACAGCUGGUAAAAGUUGUGAUUAUUUUUUUGUACUAAUUUUUGUACUUUAUCGUGAUCUCGUGGGCCACAUUUAUUGUGCCUAUUUGAUUGUAUUUACAACGACACUUUAUUUUGAAAUGUAUUCUAUGCUAUAGAGUGGACACAAACUGUGUGUUUUUGACCACAGAUAUUCCCAUCUUUUUGCUUC